AUAGGCGUGGUGAGUGUUUUGUAAUCGGUGGGUGUGGCUGAUUCUGCAGAAAUUUUGAAGAGUCAAAUUGUGUGAAGAGUGCGUUAGUCGCUCAAUGGCUACAGAGAGAAGGAUUGCUCGGCCUCCACGUCACGUCAACGUCAGGACACAACAGCGUCGCUUGCGUCACGUGAAGAGUCUGGCCGUGAGGUCUCUCAAGCCCCCAGAGCCUAUUCUGUGGGAUCCAUUGGCUGUCAAAGUCAAAUUCACUCUCUAUGAUCUACGCCAUCCCAACACAGUAUUGUAUACAAGCAGUGUCCUUGAAGAAACAUAUAAUCCAACAUGGAGGUCCCUCACAUUUCAAUAUGAGAAGUUUGGAGACAGUGUCACGAUUAACAAGUUUAAGAUAAAGGUUUGGCUUAUCACAGGUGAGUCUAAAGAGGAGAUGAUGUGCUUUGAGAAGAUUGUUGAUCUCAGUACAUACAGAUUCAUGGGAGUCAGUAAGCUCAUGAGUGUAUAACAAGUUUGGCUACCUUGUUCAUGUCCAUCAGUUAUGAAGAGAAUAUUUCAUUGCAUGAUUACAUACACUAUCAAUCAAACAAUUAUCAGCCUCUUUCGGUGCAGAAGGUGUCGUCGAUCUGAUACAUGUAUAUGUUCCUCAGUGGAUUUAUCUUUUUGAUAUUUUUCUUGAGCCAUUUUAAACCUGAAGCUGUUUGAACUAAGACCAAAGAAUCAGAAUCAGAAUGUCUCGAAGACUUUACUAAAACUAUUUUAAGUCUAUUAAACAUUGAAGUAUGAGUAAUAAAUCAAUAAAUACUGUAUGACUGGAAAUAUUUGUGAGAACAAUAAUUGUAGAAAUUCUUAACUUUUUAAAAAUUACAAUGUUUAGACUAUGUUAUUAUUUCAAUAGAUCCAAACAAAAUUAGUACACAUAUAUAUAAAAGUGCAACUCAUUGCAUGUAUUUGAAAUGUAUCUAACGUCUUCCAUUCACUACCUCUUUCUCCUUAAAGAUGAACCUAGUAUAGAAGUGCUCAC